ACCAUAUCAACAAACAAAUGAACUUCAAUAUUGGAGCAUCCUCUUACAUAUCAUCGUCUUCUUCUUCUGAUGAUGCUUUAGUGAUGAACACUAUAGCACAACUUGAUGAAGAAGAAAUGAUGAUGGUGGCACUAAAAACAACAACAUGACAACAAGUCAUUAUUUUGGUGAGCUUAAUAGGCCUAUUAGUCACGGUGGAUGAGUUGUUCAUGGUCAUGUGGUGAUAUUUAGAUCGUGAUCGAGAAAUGGGAGACCAUGAUUUGUUCCUGGAUUAUUUCUCUCCAAAUCCACGUUACGGAGAAGCAUUAUUUCGUCGACGAUACCGUAUGUCGCGGGAUGUGUUCUUACAAUUUGUUGGUAUAGUUAGAAAUCAUGACAACUAUUUCCACCAACGAAGAAUUGCAAUAGAUAUACUCAGAUUAUCAGCUUUACAAAAAAUAACAGUUGUAUUUCGUAUAUUGUCUUAUGGUGUGACUGCGUAUGCAACAAACGAGUACGUUAAACUAGGCGAGUCUACAUCAAUUGAAAGUAUGAAAAGGUUUUGUCAAUCUAUUGUCGAAAUAUAUGGAGAGCGCUAUCUAAGAAGAUCUAAUGACAAUGACAUAGCGAGACUUCUUGACAUUGGAAAACAAUGUGGAUUUUCAGUAAUGUUGGGAAGUCUUGAUUGCACGCAUUGGUAGAAAAAUGUCCAACACCAUGAGAUGAACAAUAUUCUGGUCGUAGUGGCUCACCAACUAUCAUCCAUGAUGCUGUGGAAGAUUAUGAUCUUUGGAUAUGGCACACAUAUUUUGGAAUGUCAGGUAGUAAUAAUGAUAUUAAGGUUUAUGAGCAUCCAAUCUUUUUUCAGAUUUAGCACAAAGUAUUGCUCCUCCUGCUCAUUAUAUUAUUCAAGGAAAAGAGUACAAUGUUGGUUACUAUUUAGCGAAUGGUAUAUAUCCAAAGUGGUGAACACUUGUCCAAACAAUUCAUCAACCACAAGGUAGAAAGAAGAAAUAUUCUGCCAUGAGACAAGAAGCAUGUAGAAAAGAUGUUGAACGUGCCUUUGGAGUUUAGCAAUCUCGAUUUGCAAUUAUCGCGGGAACUUCACAUUUUUGAAAAAAAAGUCUUACAUGUAUUAUCAUGCGUAAUAUGAUAAUAGAGGAUGAACGUGAUAUACAUGCACCCGUUGAAGAUAUGAGAGAUACACCAGUUCCAUAUGUUGAAGUGGCAGUUGAUGAGGCAGCCAAGUUCACUCAAUUUCUUACCCGGCAUAAACAAAUUCACGACAAAAACACUCAUAUUGAGCUCCGCAAUGCUUUAAUUGAUCAUUUGUGGGAACAACUCUCAAAUUCUGACAACUAAACUAAGAGUAUUUAUUUAAUUUAUUGCUUUAAAUUCAAGUAGUAUUUUAUUUAUGACGUAUGAAUUAUUAUAAUAUUAUUUCAAUAUUUAAUUUUAUAAGGCUUUAGCAUGUAUUUGUGAAAUAUUGAUUAGUAAUAUUUUAGCUUGUAUUUGUGAAAUAACGAGUGAAAUGUCAAAAGACAUAUUAAAUGAGGGACUAAUGUAUAAAUACAUGAUAAUUAGAGAAUUAAAUAUAAUAAUGGUAAAAAGUGAGUAAAAAGAAUAAAAAAAACAUAUUCCUUUUUAGUGAUAAAAAUACUGUAAACCGUUCGAGAUAUAAUACUGUAUGAUGUGAUGUUUACACAAUUUUAAUGUAAAAAAUGGUGUAAACUAUUGGAGAUGACCUAUAAAAAUAGAAUCGAUCAAGAAGAGAAAUGGAAGAGAGCAAUAGGAGAAGAAAUGAUUCAAAUUUCUUCCAGCCCUCCACAUCAACGACGGCCAUGCGAAGAAGAACGCUAAGGUAUUCCUGACUCAUAUUUCUUCCGGCACAAGAAGGGAAGAAUACUAGCCCAGAUUUCAUCCAAUUAAAAAAUAAAAAAACAUUAGAAUAGCCACAUAGAAACAAUAACG